AGGGGGGAGCCAGUGCCUCCCCUGGGGCAGUCGCCCAUCGUCCCCGAACCCACCGGAGGCAGAACGUUCGGGGACGGCUUUUACUCAGUUUGCUUCCCCUUUUCUGCCAGACCCUAAAAUGAAAGGACAAAAGUUGGCGCUGACUCUUGCAGCUCGGAUGGCGACUUGUGCGUUUUCAGCGGCAUCUCCCAGGGAAAAAAACAUGCGCGCCUGAUUGUUCUGUGGCCCCCAAGCUGCAGUGGGUGUGUGUGUUUGGGUGUGUGUCUGUGUGUGUACACAGACGUCCACACACUCACGGCCAAAGGAUCAGCGCCUGGAAGCAGACGUAUCGGCCACAGAUUUGGAGAGGAGGAGCUGGAGAUCAGGAGGCGUGAGCCGCCAGGAGUCUGCAGGAUUCGUGGUGUGAAUGGACUGGGGGCACCUGGGCGCACGGAUCUCCUCCUCCGCCCCCCGCCCGGGGCCAGAGUUGAGUUGUGGGGCAUUUUUUUCACCCUCUUGUGAAGAAUUUUUUUUUUUAUUAUUUGUUGUAAAGUCUUUUGCACAAUCACGCCCACAUUUGGGGUUGGAAAGCCCUAAUUACCGCCGUCGCUGAUGGACGUUGGAGAGGGAGCGCCUCGCCGCGGAACAGUCGCCUGCGCGCCCUCGCCGGACCCGCGGCUCCCUUGCUGCGCGCCGGCUCGAGUCUGCUCCUGCUGCCGGCAGGCGGGCUUCGGCGCCCCCUCGGUUCCCGGGCGCAUCCCAGCGCUGCUUCGGCUCGGGCACCCCGACUCGGGCGCCAGUGACCGCUUAGACGCCGAUUCCCUGAGCCUAACCGACGCGCCUUGGAGGAGCCCGCAGCUCUGCGCCAGAUCUUCCCCCCGGGCUUAACCCGGCCGCUCCGCUCGGAUUCCUCAGCUGCCCUCGCUUUGGUGGAGACUUCCUCCCCGCGCCCCCUCCCCCUCGCCAUGAAGAAGUCGAUUGGAAUAUUAAGCCCAGGAGUUGCUUUGGGGACGGCUGGAAGGGCAAUGUCUUCCAAGUUCUUCCUAAUGGCUUUGGCCAUAUUUAUCUCCUUCGCCCAGGUUGUAAUAGAAGCCAAUUCUUGGUGGUCCUUAGGUAUGAAUAACCCUGUUCAGAUGUCAGAAGUAUAUAUCAUAGGAGCACAGCCUCUCUGCAGCCAACUGGCAGGACUUUCUCAAGGACAGAAGAAACUAUGCCACUUGUAUCAGGACCACAUGCAGUACAUCGGAGAGGGCGCGAAGACAGGCAUCAAAGAAUGCCAGUAUCAGUUCCGCCACCGGAGGUGGAACUGCAGCACGGUGGAUAACACCUCCGUCUUCGGCAGGGUCAUGCAGAUAGGCAGCCGCGAGACGGCUUUCACGUACGCUGUGAGCGCCGCGGGGGUGGUCAACGCCAUGAGCCGCGCGUGCCGAGAGGGCGAGCUGUCCACCUGCGGCUGCAGCCGUGCCGCGCGCCCCAAGGACCUGCCCCGGGACUGGCUGUGGGGCGGCUGCGGAGACAACAUCGACUACGGCUACCGCUUCGCCAAGGAGUUCGUGGACGCCCGCGAGCGGGAGCGCAUCCAUGCCAAGGGCUCCUACGAGAGCGCGCGCAUCCUCAUGAACCUACACAACAACGAGGCCGGCCGCCGGACGGUGUACAACCUGGCCGACGUGGCCUGCAAGUGCCACGGCGUGUCUGGCUCAUGCAGCCUCAAGACAUGCUGGCUGCAGCUGGCCGACUUCCGCAAGGUGGGCGACGCCCUGAAGGAGAAGUAUGACAGCGCGGCGGCUAUGCGGCUCAACAGCCGGGGCAAGCUGGUUCAGGUCAACAGCCGCUUCAACUCGCCCACCACGCAGGACCUGGUCUACAUCGACCCCAGCCCCGACUACUGUGUGCGCAAUGAGAGCACCGGCUCGCUGGGCACGCAGGGCCGCCUGUGCAACAAGACGUCCGAGGGCAUGGACGGCUGUGAGCUCAUGUGCUGUGGCCGCGGCUACGAUCAGUUCAAGACCGUGCAGACCGAGCGCUGCCACUGCAAGUUCCACUGGUGCUGCUACGUCAAGUGCAAGAAGUGCACGGAGAUCGUGGACCAGUUCGUGUGCAAGUAGUAGGCGCCCCAGCGCCUGCCUGUCACCCAGCCCCACUCCCAGGACCCACUUAUUUAUAGAAAGUACAGUGAUUCUGUUGUUAUUUUUAAUAUUGUUUUAUCCCCCCCCCCCAAGAAUUGCAACCGGAACCAUUUUUUUUUUGUUCCCAUCUGAGAACUCUGUGGUUUAUUAUUAAUAUUAUAAAUAUUA